AUGAAGACUGUUAGCGUUGCCUUAGUUUUGUGCCUAAAUGUCGGUGUGGACCCUCCUGAUGUGGUGAAAACAACUCCCUGUGCCCGUCUGGAGUGUUGGAUUGAUCCUCUGUCAAUGGGUCCUCAAAAAGCUCUGGAAACUAUCGGUGCAAAUUUACAGAAGCAGUAUGAAAACUGGCAGCCAAGAGCCAGGUACAAGCAGAGUCUUGAUCCUACGGUGGAUGAAGUUAAGAAACUGUGUACAUCUCUGCGUCUAGAGCGGGUACUUUUCCACUACAAUGGACAUGGCGUCCCCAGGCCAACAGUAAAUGGGGAGAUCUGGGUCUUCAAUAAGAACUAUACUCAGUAUAUUCCUCUAUCCAUAUAUGACCUGCAGACUUGGAUGGGCAGCCCUUCCAUUUUCGUCUAUGAUUGCUCUAAUGCUGGCCUUAUUGUCAAGUCAUUCAAACAAUUUGCACUACAGAGGGAGCAAGAGUUGGAGGUAGCUGCCAUUAACCCAAACCAUCCACUUGCUCAAAUGCCUUUGCCUCCCUCGAUGAAGAACUGCAUUCAGCUGGCAGCAUGCGAAGCCAAUGAAUUGCUACCCAUGAUCCCUGAUCUGCCAGCUGACCUUUUCACAUCAUGCCUUACUACGCCGAUCAAAAUUGCCCUGAGAUGGUUCUGUAUGCAGAAGAGUGUCAGACUGGUGCCAGGAGUGACACUGGAUUUAAUAGAGAAGAUUCCUGGAAGACUGAAUGACAGGAGAACUCCCCUGGGAGAGCUGAAUUGGAUCUUCACUGCUAUCACAGACACCAUUGCAUGGAAUGUCUUGCCUAGAGACCUUUUCCAGAAGCUCUUCAGGCAAGACCUGCUUGUGGCCAGUUUAUUUCGUAACUUUCUCUUGGCAGAAAGAAUUAUGAGGUCUUACAACUGUACCCCCGUCAGCAGCCCUCGUCUACCUCCAACGUACAUGCAUGCGAUGUGGCAAGCAUGGGACCUUGCAGUUGAUAUUUGCCUUUCCCAAUUACCUACAAUUAUAGAGGAAGGAACUGCCUUUAGGCACAGUCCCUUCUUUGCGGAGCAGCUGACGGCUUUCCAGGUGUGGCUGACCAUGGGCGUGGAGAACCGCAACCCCCCGGAGCAGCUCCCCAUCGUCCUGCAGGUGCUGCUGAGCCAGGUACAUCGUCUGCGAGCUCUUGAUUUGCUGGGAAGAUUUUUGGACCUGGGUCCCUGGGCAGUUAGCUUGGCCCUGUCUGUUGGCAUUUUCCCGUACGUGCUGAAGCUACUUCAAAGUUCAGCUCGUGAGCUGAGACCACUCCUUGUCUUCAUCUGGGCCAAAAUUCUGGCAGUGGACAGCUCAUGCCAAGCUGACCUUGUGAAGGACAACGGUCACAAGUAUUUCCUUUCAGUUUUGGCAGAUCCUUAUAUGCCAGCUGAACACAGGACAAUGACUGCUUUUAUUCUGGCUGUAAUUGUUAACAACUACAACACUGGACAGGAAGCUUGCCUUCAAGGAAACCUGAUUGCUAUUUGCCUGGAGCAGUUAAAUGAUCCGCAUCCUCUUCUGCGUCAGUGGGUGGCCAUUUGUUUAGGACGUAUUUGGCAGAACUUUGACUCAGCCCGGUGGUGUGGUGUGAGAGACAGCGCUCAUGAAAAGCUCUACAGCCUCCUCUCGGAUCCAAUCCCAGAGGUUCGCUGUGCUGCAGUCUUUGCACUGGGAACAUUUGUGGGCAACUCAGCUGAACGGACCGAUCACUCCACCACCAUCGAUCACAAUGUAGCUAUGAUGUUGGCCCAGCUCAUCAACGAUGGGAGCCCCAUGGUUAGAAAGGAGCUGGUGGUGGCUUUAAGUCACCUGGUGGUUCAGUAUGAGAGCAAUUUCUGCACCGUUGCCUUGCAGUUCAUGGAAGAAGAGAAGAAUUACCCUCUCCCUUCUCCAGCUACCACAGAGGGUGGGAGUUUGACACCAGUGCGAGAUGGUCCGUGUACGCCGAGGCUGCGGUCCGUCAGCUCUUACGGGAACAUCCGAGCAGUUACCACAGCUAGGAACCUGAACAAGUCCUUGCAGAACCUCAGCCUGAAUGAAGAAUCUGGAAGCUCUGUUGCUUUUUCUCCUGGGAAUCUCAGCACCAGCAGCAGCGCCAGCAGCACCUUGGGCAGCCCUGAGAAUGAAGAGUACAUCCUGUCGUUUGAGACUAUUGACAAGAUGAGACGAGUCAGCUCUUACUCUUCUCUGAAUUCACUAAUAGGUGUAAGUUUCAACAGUGUUUAUACCCAAAUUUGGAGAGUACUCCUUCACCUAGCUGCCGACCCCUAUCCUGAUGUCUCCGACUUGGCUAUGAAAGUUCUCAACAGUAUUGCCUACAAGGCAACAGUAAAUGCUCGCCCCCAGCGCAUCCUCGACACCUCCUCGCUGACUCAGUCGGCCCCUGCCAGCCCCACCAACAAGGGCAUGCACAUCCACCAAGUGGGAGGGUCGCCUCCCACCACUAGUACGAGCAGCUCCAGCCUGACAAAUGAUGUGACAAAACAGCCAGUCAGUCGGGACAUCACAUCUGUAAGACCUGCCAAUGUCGGCAACAUGGGGGUUCAGUAUACUCCCCACUCCCACCAAUUCCCCAGGACAAGAAAAAUGUUUGACAAAGGGCCAGAACAGACUACUGAUGAUGCCGAUGAUACCGUUGGACACAAAAGUUUCAUUUCAGCCACGGUGCAGACGGGGUUUUGUGACUGGAGUGCGAAGUAUUUUGCCCAGCCAGUCAUGAAGAUCCCAGAAGAGCAUGACUUGGAGAGCCAGAUUCGCAAGGAGAGAGAGUGGCGGUUUCUGCGCAAUGCUCGUGUCAGGAAGCAAGCCCAGAAGAUCAUCCAGAAGGGUAUUUCCCGGCUGGAUGAUCAGAUCUUCCUCAACAGGAACCCGGGCGUCCCCUCCGUGGUGAAGUUCCACCCCUUCACGCCCUGCAUCGCCGUGGCCGACAAAGACAGCAUCUGUUUUUGGGACUGGGAGAAAGGGGAAAAGCUGGACUAUUUCCACAACGGGAACCCUCGAUACACCAGGAUCACAGCAAUGGAGUACCUGAAUGGACAGGACUGCUCCUUGCUGCUGACUGCCACAGAUGAUGGUGCCAUCAGAGUGUGGAAGAACUUUGCAGACCUGGAAAAGAACCCAGAGAUGGUAACUGCCUGGCAGGGGCUGUCAGACAUGCUGCCAACCACACGAGGUCUGGCCCGAAGGGUUUCAAUCUAUCUUGACAGAAGUAAACAGGGAGGCUGUGGAAUGGUAGUCGACUGGGAACAAGAAACCGGGCUCCUGAUGACAUCGGGAGAUGUGAGGAUAAUCCGGAUCUGGGACACAGAUCGGGAAAUGAAAGUUCAGGAUAUCCCCACCGGAGCUGACAGCUGUGUGACCAGCCUCUCGUGUGAUUCUCAUCGUUCGUUAAUUGUGGCGGGGUUGGGUGACGGCUCCAUCCGCGUGUUUGACAGGAGGAUGGCUCUGAGUGAAUGCCGUGUCAUGACCUACCGAGAGCACACGGCCUGGGUGGUGAAAGCAUACUUGCAGAAACAUCCUGAAGGCAACAUCAUGAGUGUCAGUGUAAAUGGAGAUGUGCGGUUCUUUGACCCCCGGAUGCCAGAGUCCAUGAAGGUCCUUCAGAUAGUCAAAGGGCUGACGGCCCUUGACAUUCACCCACAAGCCAACCUCUUUGCAUGUGGCUCAAUGAAUCAGUUCACUGCAAUCUACAAUGGAAACGGGGAGCUGAUCAACAAUAUCAAAUACUACGAUGGUUUUAUGGGACAAAGAGUUGGAGCCAUCAGCUGCCUGGCUUUCCAUCCUCACUGGCCUCAUCUGGCAGUCGGAAGCAAUGACUACUACAUCUCGGUGUACUCAGUGGAGAAGCGGAUCAGAUAA